CUAAUUUCGUCCCAAAUGGAAGAAGAAGAAGCCAAAGGAGCUCGCUUUUCUCCUUUUUCUCCGUCCACUUCCGCUCCGUAUCGCACGUACGGAGCAAAGCCAAAACCCUAAAUGCUCGAUCCUCGUAAUGGAUCGCAUUACCCCCCAAACCCUAACCCUAGUCGCUCUCCUCCGACCCCGCCCUCCCGUUCCCUGCACGAUGACCGAUGAACGUCCCCCGUCCCCCGUCCCCCGCCGCCGCCGCCGCCGCCGCCGCCGAUGCCGAUGUCCGCCCCUGCCCCCUCCCGAUCGCCGCCUCCUCCGGCGGCUGGGCCGCCGCCGCUCCAGUCUCACCUCCCCUCCUCCCUCUCCCUCGGCCUCGUCCCCCUCCACACCCCUCCCCGCGCCCCGCCCCCUCCGCCGGAGCCUGCGGCGGAGCACGCGCCGCCGCCUCUGGCGAGGGUGAGGCUCGCCGACAUCGCGCCGUACGAGGGGGCGCCCGGCGGGGCCCACCAGCGGGCGGUGGAGGCGCUCUCGGCGUCGCUGACGCGCCACAACGCCGCGGUGAUCGAGCUAGGGGCCGAGGACGCGGUCGUGGUCCGGUGCGCGCUGGAGUCGGCGAGGAUGUACUUUAGGGCGAGGGCGCGGGGGGUCGUCGGCUCGGCGAAGCCCGGCCGAGGGGUUUACAUAUACCGCGCCGGGAGGUCUUUAGAAGAUGGAGACUUGUCACCCCCUUGUAUGAGUGACACUUUCAGAAGUUUGGGGAAGGCGGCUCGUGCUGCUCUAUGUGCAAUAGCAAGACAUCUCCGCCUCCGGAGCGAUGUUUUCAACCAUUUGCUUGAUGAUACCCCAUUGCCUGUUAAUGAGUUCUCAUCGUCAGUCUUGGUUGCGUCAUAUUCUCACGGUUCAUUGCAAAAUGGCAAAGGGCCUGUUGCAGGAGCGAAACCUUCAAGCACUGAAGUUGAAAAGGGUUUGCUGACAUUAAUUGCCUCCGACUACCCUGGAGUUCAGGUUUGUGACCCAAAUGGUCGUUGGUACCUAGCAGACGGGGGUGAUAGUCCAGGGGACUUAUUGUUACUCACAGGAAAGGCCUUAAGUCAUGCUACUGCUGGUUUGCGCCCUGCUACCUCAUAUCGGACUGUUGCUGAUCAUUUACCAUUAUGUAUGACUAGUGGAAGAGCAUCACUUACUUUUAGGCUCGUGCCUCAAGCCAAUGCUAUACUGGAUUGUUCUCCAAUUUCAGCAGCUGGUCAUGUUAUCCCACAAAGCUAUCAACCAAUUUCUGUGAGCCAGUUCAUGGAUGAUUUGUCUGCUGAAGAAGAUGUUAUUUGCAACCAUCCGGAAAAUACAUACGAAGCUCAAAAUAAUCUUAUUAGGGAACCGUCACUGAGAAGUGUCCUCUCAGACCCCUUGUCUGGGGCAUUCCUUGAAGAUGCCAUGGUUGUCUCUUGUGGGCAUUCUUUUGGUGGCCACAUGCUGAAGCAAGUCAUAGAUAAGGCCAGAUGUAGUCUCUGCCAUGCAGAAAUAGAAGCCGACUCCUUGAUUCCCAACUAUGCUUUGAGAGCAGCAGCUGUCGCAGUAAAGAUGGAAGAUGAUAGGAGGCUCUUCCAUAAUGCUGCUCUCAGGAAGCGCAGGAAAGAAGCGGGCGAACAUAUGGAUGCACUAAAGAGGCUUAGCAAAGAAAAUGGUGAGGUGGCAGCUGAUGCGGACAGUCAUAGGCAACUAAAAGGAGUUCAGUAUCCUUUUGCCGUGAGCGAGAAAGUCUUGAUCAAGGGAAACAGGAGGACACCCGACAACUUUGUUGGUAGGGAAGCUGUGAUCACAUCUCAAUGCUUGAAUGGCUGGUAUCUUCUCAAGAUCCUCGAUACCGGAGAAAGCGUACGCCUUCAGUACCGGUCGCUUCAGAAACUCUCCGGCCUGCAGAGCGUCGAGAGGUCGCAACCUCAGCCAUUGCUUCAAACUAGCAGUUGAAAGUGGACUCUCCCCCUCUCUCUCUAAUUGAUUCAAUUAAGGUCUCUCUCUCUCUCCUGGUGGUUGUACAUUUUCUUCAGUAGGUUUUUCAUGUAUAUCUUUUCUCGUUGUCACUAUUAUACCCCUCACAAGGUGAAAUUAUUGAGGAACAAAACCUACUCCUAUACUUCCCUAGUAUUGUAAAAAGGAAAAGGUGCUACUUAGUUAGCAGGUAUUUUUUGUGACUCUUUUUGUAUCAUUUUCUCCUGCUGAGAGAGAAUGAAUUAUUUCUAAAUGUAAACUAAAAGGACACUCCAAUGAAAUAGGUAAAUGUAAUGUUGAUAUAAUAUUAGGCUUAGCACUAUCCAAAAAAUAUCAAGUUUACUACCAAGUUGUAUUGUUUGCUUUUGCAAUACUAUGUGAACUAGUUAUUUUAUAGAGAAACCAAUACUUAUGAUGAGCUA